CGUGACGCACUUCCUGUUUACACGCUGUGGGCGUGGCUUUUGACAGCAUGGCAGUGAGUCAGUGCGAGACUCCCAGUGGAUCAGCUGUAGAACUCACAGGCAGGCGUCGGAAUCACAGCCCGGAGACGGUAUGGUGAUGGGUGAUGGGGUUGAAGGCUGGAGCGUUAAGGAGGUGGCUCUCUGGCUCAGAGAGCAGGGCUUCAGCGAGUACGUGGAGCUGCUUUGCGCUAAGCACCGCGUGGACGGAGCCGCGUUGUUGUGUGUAACCGAACACGACCUGCGAUCCCCACCACUGCGGCUCUCACGACUCGGCGACAUCAAGAGGCUCGCGCUGGCCCUGCGAGGGCUUCAGAGAUUAAACACGUGCUCCCACACACCACUCAGAUCAUUCAGUGACUCUUGCACCAAUGGCACGUUGCUCUCGCGGACCUCAGGAUCGAAAUGCUGUGAAUGGAAUAGCACCACGGACCAAAACUGCCCAGUGGGUAACGGGGUCAGCAUGGCGACGUGGGAUGGGCAUGGUCACGGCUACUCCAAUGGAAAAUGUAAAAAGGACUACUGCUAUCUAGAUCCUGAGGGGUGGAAGACAGCACUGAGUUCGGUCUAUGUGAUGCUGGUGUUUGGAAUCACCUCGUUUGUCAUGGUGCUGGUGCAUGAGAGGGUGCCUGAUAAGCGAACCUACCCUCCCCUGCCUGACAUAUUCCUAGACAGCGUACCCAGAAUUCCCUGGGCUUUUGCCAUGGCUGAGGCCUGUGCUCUCGUCCUGUGUUAUAUAUUACUGCUAAUACUGCUGCUGCACAAACACAGAUCUAUUCUCUUUCGCAGAUUUUGUAGUUUAACAGGGACUGUGUUCCUGCUUCGUUGUGUGACCAUGUUUGUCACCUCCCUGUCUGUCCCUGGACAUCAUCUGCAGUGUUCUGGCAAGAUGUAUGGUGAUAUCUGGGCGAAACUCUUGCGCUCAUUACAGAUAUGGAGUGGGUUCGGCAUGUCCCUGACAGGGGUGCACACAUGUGGAGAUUACAUGUUCAGCGGACACACAGUGAUUCUAACCAUGCUCAACUUCUUCGUCACAGAAUACACUCCGAGUAAAUGGCACAUUUUGCACACGCUCGCAUGGGUGCUGAACCUGUUCGGGAUCUUCUUCAUCCUGGCUGCUCACGAGCACUACUCCAUUGACGUUUUCAUCGCCUUCUACAUCACCACUCGCUUGUUCCUUUACUACCACACGCUGGCCAACACGCAGGCGUACCAGCACAGCCGCCGAGCUCGCAUCUGGUUCCCCAUGUUCUCCUUCUUCGAGUGCAACGUCAACGGUCCUGUCCCCAACGAGUACCGCUGGCCCUUCUCCAGGCCUGCCUUCAUGAAAACACUCAUUGGAUAGAAACAAAUGUGUGUUUGUGUGUGUGGCACAGCUAGGAUUUCCUUAACGAUUGUGACUUUUAAAAAGAAUGAUAUAUUUACUCAGUGGUUGUUCUUUGGGAUGGAUGGCAGCAUUUGGCCAUCAGCUGAAAAAGAACCUUUUGUGUUUUGGAUUAAAACGGUGUAACAAUGAGUACCAGCUGAGCUCAUGACUCCAUGCUCCUCUGAAGGAGAACCAGAAAGUCCAGGGUUCUUUAGAAAUAUUCACAGGUCAUUUGCACAUCUGGCUUAGGGUGCAGCAUCUCACAUUACAGUACUGACACUGAAAUUGCGCAAUAUUCUUUUUUUCUUUUAAUGUAAGAUUUUUGUAAUAUACAUCUUCAAAACUGUAUUCUGUAACUAAAGUCGGUUGUUUACAGUGACGUUGUGGGAUGUGAGAUGUGAGAUGAUGGAACCCUCUGCCAUCUUUUGUAUUUUUUACUUUUCAGAGAAGCAGAGCUAUUUUUUAUACAGAUAUCCCAAAAAUUACAGAAGGUACCGCUGCUUAUUAUUAUGGCUUAUAAUAUAUAAUAAUAUAAUAUAAACCA